AUGGUUCUGUACAUUCAAAAUGUACCGAGUGCUUGCACAAGCAAAAACACUAUUGACAUGGUUGACGAUAUUGACAUUAAAGAUUUUCGUGAUGAUCCUUUAGGGUGGACAAUGAAACUACUUAAGCAUCCAUUCCGUGAAUUCUCGAUGGCUGCGGUACAGGCAAAUGAAGAUAUGGAAGAUUUCAUCCAGGUUGAGAUUGGCAACGAUGCACUUUUUGUUGGAAUAUAUGAUGGCCAAAAUGGCGUCAUUGCUUCCGAAUAUAUGAGUAAUAGCUUCUUCCCGGCUCUAUUAUGGAUACUAUAUAUCGCUAACGUUGGAGACUCCCAUGCUGUAAUGGGUUCUUUGGGUCCAUUUGAUAUACUCCGUGUUUGGCAGUUGGGAGGCAGAUGUAUAGGAAAUGCAUAUUUGAAGCGGGCACGUUUCACUUUAAUGCCAUCUUUCAAAGUACCGCGGACAGAACUCGCACCUUCUGAUUUUACCCGACCCUUGCUAUCAACAGAACCCAAGAUAUAUUCAAGGGUCUUAAGAGACAACGAUAAAUUCAUCAUAUUUGGAUCUGGUGGACUUUGGAAAUUACUGACAAAUAAGGAAGCGGCUAAAAUUGUUAACACCAAUCCACGACAAGGAAUUGCAAAAAGACUUGUGAGGAUUGCUCUAGAGAUUGCAGCUAGACAAAAGAAUAUAAGCUAUAGUGAGCUUUUGAAGGUUUCUAAGGAUCCAAGUGUUUCUGUUGAAAGAACAAGGCGGAGUUAUCAUGAUGAUAUCUUUGUGACUGUUGUGUUUCUCGACAAAAAGCCAGAUAUAGAUAUGUCUGUGAUGCCGAAUGUGAUCCCCUCAGUGCCAAGGAUCAAUUCCUUCAGAAGCUUCUAUGACAAGGCUCUUUUUUCCAAUUUUCGUUUUAUGUAUACUCGUGAUCGUGAACCAAUGGUUAUUCAUUCGACUUUAGCAUCGGAUGCUAUUUUAUAUUGA